AUGACAGUUUCAAUACGUUAUCCUGUUUUAAUUUUAUUUAUAUUAACUAUUUUAUUAUCAUGUUAUUUAGGAUUUUCACUGAUUCAAUUGAAUAAUUAUGAUAAAUUACUUCAUUUUAUAAUGUUUAAUAUCUUAACAAUUGAAUUUUAUUUUAUAUGGAAUACAAAUUAUAAAAAUUUGAAAAUUAUAAAUUAUUUAACAUUUUUAAUUUGUACUUUAUUUGGUAGUAUAUUACUGGAAUUUAUACAAAAUUUAAUUAAUUCAAAUAGAAUAUUUGAUGUUUUUGACAUUUUAUAUAACUUAAUUGGUAGUUUAAUAGGAUUGAUUUUAAGUAUAUUAUAUUCAAAUUAUAAAAAAAAUCAAUUAAGAAAUAAUAAAAUAAAGAAUAGGAAUAAAUAUAAAAAUAUUGAUAUUAUAAAUGAUGAAGGAGAAGAAGAAGGUGAAAAUGUUACUAAUAAUGAUAUAAAUGAUACAAAUGAUUAUGUUAAUAUUCAAAUGAAAGAUUUAAGGUAG